AUGGCUUUCCUCACCCCAGUUGUGCUGGCCAGAGCUUCUGAAAGUUCCAGAAACACUACUGUGUCCCUGGAUCGGCAAAUCAAUCAUCACCAUCGGGCUGUGCGGGAUCUGAGAGAUGGUAAUCAACCUUCUGUCGACCUGGGAAUUCAGCAACCUGCCGAUGGCACCUAUCGGAAUUUCACAUUCUCCAAUGUCGCCAGGAACGGGCCCCAUUCGCCCUGCAUUCCUCCGUUCUACACUGGAUUACACGGUGUCGAUCUAGAAUUAGAUGCCAAACUCGUCAAAUUGCUGUGGUUAUCCAUUGUGAUGACCAUUGCGGUCGGUUUGGUCCUACGAUUAGCUCAACGAUGUGUGUCAUAUAUUCGGACCAUCUACUGCCUGACAGCAAGCCCAUUUCUGCAGAAAUAUUACACCGUUGACCACUUUUCGGCUUGGCCAUGGUUAAAGAAACACAUUGUCUAUGCGCCUCUCUUCCAAAAGCGACAUAAUCGGGAAAUUCACAUGUCGAGUGCCGUCAAUUACGGAACUCUUCCUGGUCGGAUUCAUUUCAUCUUGCUAUUUCUCUAUGGUAUGACAAAUCUGAUCUAUACCCUCCUUCUGGAUUGGAAAACUCCGAGAAGGGAGCGUUGUUCGCCGAACUUCGAGGGCGAAGUGGCAUUUUGGCAACGGUCAAUCUGA